AUGACUGACACUACUGGCUGGACAAUCUCCAAAUGGGUGAAGUUCCACCAGGACUCCACUCCCGAGAUUUCUUACAAUGUGCUGCUGGAUUUGGUCAAGUCUUUGAAAGUUGCACCUGAAGAUCCAGCUUGGAUAUCGGUUGCUUCUGAGGAAAAUCUCCAGCACCAAUGGAGAAUCCUCCAAUCGAAAUCAAAUAAAAAAGACCUCAAACUGUACGGUGUGCCUGUUGCUGUGAAGGACAACAUCGAUGCCAAAGGGUUUGCCACCACUGCUGCAUGUCCAUCGUUCAGUUACAAUCCUGAAAAGGAUGCAACCGUGGUUGCUUUGUUGAAAGAUCAGGGUGCGAUUGUCGUGGGUAAGACCAACCUGGACCAGUUCGCUACCGGAUUGGUGGGCACCAGAUCCCCAUACGGUGUCACUCCCAACGCUUUCAACAACAAGUACGUCUCUGGAGGUUCUUCUGCCGGAUCGUCUGUUGUUGUUGCAAAAGGUCAGGUUCCUGUUUCUCUGGGUACCGACACCGCAGGAUCAGGAAGAGUUCCUGCUGCUUUGAAUAAUCUGAUUGGACUCAAGCCAACUAAGGGUGCUUUCUCCACCGCCGGUGUUGUUCCUGCUUGUAAGUCGUUGGAUUGUCCUUCUGUGUUUGCAACAAACUUGGGCGACGCUCAAUUGUGUUUCGAUAUCUUGGCCAAGGCCGACUUCUCCAACUGCGAGUACUCCAGAGCCCUUCCUGCCAACCCAAAGAGACAAUACUCGGCCAAGCCAAAGAUCGCCGUUCCUACAGAUCUCACCGGACUGUGGUACAACGACACCGAAAACCCAAAGAUCUACGAAAAGGCCGUCAACACAUUCAAGGAAAUGGGAGCCGAGAUCGUUCCAUGCGACUUCACGCCGUUGCUGGACCUCGCAAAGUGUCUGUACGAGGGUCCUUGGGUUGCCGAGAGAUGGGCUGCUACUAAGGACUACUUUGAAUCCAAUCCUCCAGAAAAAGAUCUAGACCCAACCGUUGCCAAGAUCAUCAGGGGCGGAAAAGCCCCAGAUGCAGCCACUGCAUUCAACUACGAAUACAAGAGACAGGCCAUUCUCAAGCGUGUUCACGACAGCUUUGCCGGAACCGAGGUCAUGCUUGUUCCAACUUGUCCAUUGAACCCAUCCAUCGCCGAGGUUCAAAAAGAACCAAUUCUUGUCAACUCCAGACAAGGUACCUGGACCAACUUUGUCAACCUUGCAGACUUGUCUGCAUUGGCAAUUCCUGUUGGAUUCAGAUCCGACGGUCUUCCUAAUGGUGUCACCAUUUUGGGACAAGCUUUCGAGGACUACGCUUUGCUCGACUUGGCAAGCAAGUUCUUCAAGACCUUGUAUCCUAACGGAAGAUAUCUGGGUGCUAUGAAAGAUUUGGAGGCUGGUGUCUCUGACGAGAUCGACCCUACUCUGCCAAUUCCUAACCCAGAGACCACCGUCAAACUGGCGGUUGUUGGUGCUCACUUGAAGGGUCUUCCUCUCCACUGGCAAUUGGAGAAGGUCCAAGCGGCUUUCGUUGAGAAGACAACCACUUCCAAGAACUACAAACUCUAUGCUCUUCCUGUGACCGGACCAAUUGCCAAACCUGGCUUGCGCAGGGUCAGUUACGACGAAGAAGGAUCUGAGAUCGAGAUCGAAAUCUACGCUGUUCCAACUGAGAAGUUUGGUGAGUUCAUCUCCAUGGUCCCAGAGCCUCUGGGAAUUGGAUCUGUCGAGACCAAAUCUGGCGAGGUUGUGAAAUCGUUCAUCUGCGAAGAGAUUGGAUACACCCAGAAAGGUUCCGAGGACAUUACCCAUCUUGGUGGAUGGAGAAACUACCUUCAACAAAAGGAGGUUUCCAAGCAAAAAAAGCCUUUUGACUCCGUGUUGGUGGCCAACAGAGGAGAAAUUGCUGUUCGUAUCAUCAAGACUCUCAAGAAACUCAAUAUCAAGUCGGUUGCCGUCUACUCUGACGCUGACAAGUAUGCUGAGCAUGCUUUGAUUGCCGACGUUGCCAUUCCAUUGCACGGAGUUUCUGCCGCGGAGACCUACAUCAACAUCGACAAGAUCGUCAAGGCAUGUAAGGACAGUGGUGCCCAGGCUGUUAUUCCUGGUUACGGUUUCCUUUCUGAGAACGCCGAUUUCUCGGACAGAUUGAAGAAGGAGAACAUUGUCUUUGUUGGACCAAGUGGUGAUGCCAUCAGAAAAUUGGGUCUGAAGCACUCUGCCAGAGAGAUUGCCGAAAAGGCUGGCGUGCCAUUAGUUCCAGGUUCUGGACUUGUUUCCUCUGUGUCAGAGGCCAGAGAGAUUGCUGAGAAACUCGAAUACCCUAUCAUGGUGAAAUCUACUGCCGGAGGAGGAGGAAUUGGUUUGCAAAAAGUCGAUUCUGCUGCCGACAUUGAGAGAGUUUUCCAGACCGUCCAACAUCAAGGUCAAGCCUACUUUGGUGACUCUGGUGUUUUCCUUGAACGUUUUGUUGAGAAUGCUCGUCACGUUGAAAUCCAAAUGUUUGGUGAUGGUUACGGUAAGGCUAUUGCUCUUGGGGAAAGGGAUUGCUCUUUGCAAAGAAGAAACCAAAAGAUUAUCGAAGAAACACCAGCUCCAAACCUCCCAGACACCACCAGAGCCAAGAUGAGAAAAGCUGCCGAGCAGCUUGCUGCCUCGAUCAACUAUAAAGGUGCUGGUACCGUGGAAUUCAUCUACGACGAGAAAAGAGACGAGUUCUACUUCUUGGAAGUCAACGCUCGUCUCCAGGUUGAACAUCCAAUCACAGAGCAAGUGACCGGACUCGACCUGGUUGAGUGGAUGCUUUUCAUCGCCGCAGACAUGUCUCCAGACUUUAGUCAGACUAUCAGGUGCGAGGGCGCCUCUAUGGAAGCUAGACUGUACGCCGAGAACCCAGUCAAAGACUUCAUGCCUUCGCCGGGACAGCUGACCGAGGUCAAAUUCCCAAAAUGGGCCAGAAUUGACACCUGGGUCAAGACCGGAACCGUUGUUUCUGCCGAAUACGAUCCAACAUUGGCCAAGAUCAUUGUGCACGGUAAGGACAGAGCUGACGCUUUAAAGAAACUCAGAAAAGCUCUGAACGAGACAGUCGUUUACGGAUGUAUUACCAAUAUCGACUACUUGAGAUCUGUUGCCAACUCCACCAUGUUUGAGACUGCCAAGGUUGCUACCAAGGUUUUGGACUCUUACGAUUACAAGGCCAACGCUUUCGAGAUCACUUCUCCAGGUGCCUACACCACCGUCCAGGACUACCCAGGUAGAACCGGUUUGUGGAGAAUUGGUGUUCCACCUUCUGGACCAAUGGACGCUUACUCUUUCAGACUGGCCAACAGAAUUGUUGGUAACCACGAAAAGGCUCCUGCUAUUGAAAUUACUUUGAACGGUCCUUCCAUUUUGUUCCACCAUGAGGCCGUCAUUGGCAUUACCGGUGGAGAGGUUCCAAUUACUGUCAACGGCGAGUCCAAGAAAAUGUACGAGCCAAUUGACAUUAAGAGAGGCGACAAACUGGUUAUUGGCAAGCUGACUUCUGGAUGCAGAAGUUACUUGGCUAUCAGAGGCGGUAUCGAUGUUACUGAGUAUCUUGGCUCUCGUUCCACCUUUGCUCUCGGAAACCUUGGUGGAUACAACGGAAGAGUGCUCAAGUUGGGAGACGUUCUCUUUUUGGGUCAACCUAACUUGGAAGCAUGCACUCUGCCAGCUCCAGUGUCUGCUCCACAACCCGUUCCAGCAUCUUUGAUUCCUCCAAUUGCCAGUAAGGAGUGGAAGGUUGCUGUGACCUGUGGUCCUCACGGUUCUCCAGACUUCUUUUUGGAGGAGUCUGUUAAGGGAUUCUUUGCAGAGCCAUGGAAGGUUCACUACAACUCCAAUAGAUUCGGUGUGAGAUUGAUUGGUCCUAAGCCUAAGUGGGCCAGACCAGACGGUGGAGAAGCGGGUCUGCAUCCAUCGAACGCCCACGAUUACGUCUAUUCGCUAGGUGCCAUCAACUUCACUGGUGACGAGCCUGUGAUUUUGACGUGCGAUGGUCCUUCUCUUGGAGGAUUCGUUUGUCAGGCUGUUGUCUGUCAAGCUGAGAUGUGGAAGAUCGGUCAGGUCAAGCCUGGAGACCUAAUCCAGUUCUAUCCUGUUAGCUUUGACUCUGCUAUUGAGCUCAAGACUUCCCAGGACAAGGCCAUCAAGGAACUCAAGGGUUCUGCUCCAGUCAUCGAGAAAGGACUGGCUGGACCAGAAGACCCUGUUUUGGCCAGAUACCAGCCAACCGGCUCCUCGAACGCUCCUAUUGUCACCUAUAGACAGGCUGGUGACAGAUACAUCUUGGUCGAAUACGGUGAGAACAUUAUGAACCUCAACCUGUCGUACAGAGUGCACAAGCUGAUUGAGAUGGUUGACUCGCACAAGACCGUUGGAAUUGUCGAGAUGUCGCAAGGUGUGAGAUCUGUUUUGGUGGAAUACGAUGGAUCCAAGAUCAGCCAAAAAACUUUGGUGGAAACUUUGAUCGCUUAUGAGACCGAGGUUGCUUUCACCAACAAGUGGUCUGUCAAGAGCCGUGUGAUAAAGCUUCCUAUGGCUUUCGAGGACAAACGGACCUUGGACGCUGUGAAGAGAUACUCCGAGACCAUUCGGUCAAGUGCUCCAUGGCUACCUAACAACGUGGACUUCAUUGCUCAGAUCAACGGCAUCGAGAGAUCUGCCGUGAAGGACAUGUUGUAUGCUGCCAGAUUCCUGGUUUUGGGUCUGGGAGACGUUUUCUUGGGAGCACCAUGUGCCGUGCCAUUGGACCCAAGACACAGAUUCCUGGGAACCAAGUACAACCCGUCCAGAACCUUCACUCCUAACGGAGUUGUUGGUAUCGGAGGAAUGUACAUGUGUAUCUACACCAUGGACUCUCCUGGUGGCUACCAACUUGUUGGAAGAACGCUGCCUCUGUGGGACAAGCUUUCCUUGGGAACGCACACUGCCGAGUCCAACUCUGGUAACCCAUGGUUGCUGACUCCGUUCGACCAGGUCGAGUUCUAUCCUGUUUCCGAGGAAGACCUCGACAAGUUCUCUGAGGACGCUCAACACGGACACUUCAAGGUGGAGAUGUCUGAGUCUGUGUUUGACCACACCAAGUACCUGGAAUGGGUGCAGGAGAACUCUGAGUCGAUUGCCGAGUUCCAAAAGAACCAGGGCGGCGAGAAGCUUGAAGAGUUCAACAGAUUGAUCCAGGUUUCCAACACCGAGCUCCAAAAGUCUGGUUCCGAGAACCUGGCCAAGGAAGAGACCUAUCCUGAGGACGCGGAGUUGGUGUACUCCGAGUACUCUGGACGUUUCUGGAAGCCUCUGGUGGAAGUUGGAGACGAGGUCAAGGAAGGACAGGGUCUGGUUGUUGUGGAGGCCAUGAAGACAGAGAUGGUGGUGAACGCCACAAAGGGCGGUAAGGUUAUCAAAAUCCUGCACACCAACGGUGAUAUGGUGGAGGCAGGUGACUUAGUGGUGGUUAUUCACUAG